CUUCAUCUAUUUGUGAUUGUGUUCACUAUUUUGAUUACACCUUCAUAGUUUUACAGAUUUUAUUAGUUUUCAGUGAAUUUUGUGUCUUUGAAGUUAUCUUAGUGAUUCCAUUUCUCAUUUGUUUUAUUUCUAACGAUCAUUCACCGUCAUAUGGUUCAUUAUAAAUCGCGAAAUCCUACCUGAACGCUGCCUUUGCAGCAGUUGGACUUGGGCAGGUCAUUCACCACUGCUUAAUUUUUCAUCAAUGCGUAUCAAAACCGAUCAUCAAAUAGCUGUUAUGAUCUAGGAACUGUCCUGAGUCCAUUAAUUUUACCGAGCUUCGGCCGAAGUUGUUUUAGUUGUGUCGAGCAGGUCUAAGUAACUUGGAGUAUCUCCGCAAGCAAACCAUACUGUUCAUGGACGUUAGCUUCAGUUUCAUCUUUAAUCUGCAUUCAUUGCUGACAAUUUAUAAUUUUUAAUCCUUUCACAAAGUACAUUCGGUUCUCUCUUCCAACAUUUCUUUCCCCUUGAUUAUGAUUCGGCUGUGAAAUCUAUCAGAACAGAAAGUACAAUGGGUCGAUCAAGAAGCAAAUCACCGAAACGUAAACACAAGAGCAAACACCAUAAGCGAUCCAAGUCAAGAGAAAGGAGCACUCAUUCUAUGCAUAAGCAUAGAGAAAAGUCAAAAGAUAGGAGUUCUAAAUCCAGAAAACGGUCCCAUUCCGUCUCAUCAUCGUCUAGCUCGAGUUCAAAUGACUCCAAGUCAGGAUAUAGGAGAAAAUCAUAUCACCACAGGAAAAUGGAUGAAGUUGAGCGACUGGCUGAGCUGGAAAGACAGAGGCGGCAAAGAGAAACUGAGCAAAAAUUAAUUGAAGAGCAGACUGCGAAAAGAAUAGAAAUUCUUGUAAAUAAACGAGUAGAGGAAGAGCUGGAGAAGCGAAGAGAUGAAAUUGAAGCUGAAGUUCUGCGACGUGUGGAGGAAGCAAAGAAGAUAAUGGAGAAAGAGAUGAUGGAAGAGCUGGAAAGAAGGAGGCUCAUCCUUAUGGAAGAAGAAAAGAAACGAGAGGAGGAAGAAAAACUCAAGAGAGAAGAAUUAGAACAGAUAAUGGCUGAAAAUAACAGAAAAAUAGAAGAAGCACAGAAGAAACUGGCUGAAGAACGUCUCCUGAUGGUAGAGGAGCAAAGGAAAAUGGAAGAGGAACGGCAAAAAAUGAAGAAAGAACAGGAAAAACGAAUCAAGGAAGAGCAGAAGAAAAUCUUAGGCAAAAAUAAUUCAAGACCAAAAUUAUCUUUCUCGCUGAAACCUGCCUUGUGAAUUCUUGUGUUUAAAUCGCAAACCUCGUCUCCUCUAAAUCUUUUCUCUGCUUUUUUUUCUUUCUUAAGUUUGUUUGUUUGUUGUGUUGAGCUACACACUUUGGACGGCAUCAUCUCCAACAACUGAGCUAGAAGGAAGUUCAUGUUCAGCCCUUAAGCCAAAAUUGUUCCAAUUUUUUAUUCCGUACCUCAGAAUGAGCUAAGAACUAUGCCCAUUUGAAAGGCAUUGAUAUUCUUUGAAGUCCAGAGAAGGAUCAUAUUCAAGAAACAAAUUUGACAGUUAUACUUGCUUAAGCCAUUCAAACAGAGAUAUGGUUGUUUUGCCAUGGAGUGUUAAAGUUGGAAUCACACCCUGCUUUUCAUGACAGGGGAAAAGUUUUUUAAAAGCACCAUUUUCCUCUAGAAAGUUAUGCUGUCUAACGCAACUCAAGUUGCGACCGAUCAGGAAGGUACAUGCAGAUGUGUCUUGGGAUUUGUUAGUCUCAUCAUCAGCACAACUAGCAGCCUCCAAAUUUUCUACUUUCAAGCUUUAAGUUUUUUUCUUGACAAUUUCGAUUUUGUAAUGAAUUUUGGAUGCUCACUGAAAGAAUUACUGUCACUCUGUUUGAAUGUAUAUUCAAAAAAGUAUCCCUUUUGGGUGUAAUUAACAUGAGUUGGAACAAAUAACUCUGAUUGUACCUCAGUGGAGUGCAAAGUUCAUAAUUGUUCCCAUCUAAAACAAAUACUCUCCCAAGCCUGUUGAAUUCAACUAUUAUUUUAAUGUGAGCAAUUCGGCCUCUUGUCUUCUCCUAUGUUACUUAUCAUUCCAUCGUUGUCCACAGAACGUACCUCUGAUAAAGACGCAUCCUCUGAUUUUCUUUUGAAACUGAAACUGUUAGCUUUUACUUCAGUAUGAUAAUGAAUGUGGAGAUCAAAGUCAGUAGAUAUCGAAGAGGAUGAGAUAGUUGUAUUUUCACACAAGGUGAGGCUCAUGUAAAGAUUAAGGAGGAAUGAUAGGCAUGUUGAUAUUUAUUAUUUGAAUGUUGAUGGAAAGAAAAGUCUCUGAUAUUUUUUAUGCAUGUAAGAUUAACAGAAAAUGUUUAUCUCGGAACUAGAAGGGGUUGAUCGUUCCUGUCAUGAUCAUCAGUUAUUUCUUUACUUCAUUUUUUAACCAUACACGUUGAUCACCUCUAGAUUGCAUCUGAAAAAUGCUCUCUGCUUCCCAAAACUUUUUCCCUCCGUAUAUAGAAGCAUACUUUAUUUUAAUUCGACUCGACAAAAUCUUAUUCAAUGUUUUUUUCUACAAGUACUUUUUUCUCUUCAUUGAAUCAGUAGUGUAGUGAAAUCGAGCUCUUUUUGCCUUUGUUGUCUUUAUUUAUAAAAUUAUUGAGUGAACGGAUACUUUCAUUAGGAGUUUCCAGUGUCAUACACCUGUAUCAUUGUGACGCUCUUUUUUGUUUGAAAUCUGCUUAGAAUGAUACAGGGGCAGAUUUGAAUCACCUCGUAACUUUUUUCUUUUAUUUUUUAUCGAGACAAUUAUUUUCUUCUGUACCAAUGUCCCCUACCUUUAUUUCUUUUCAUCGUUUUGCAAAAGCAGAGAGAUCAUGUUCCUGCAGAAGAUUUAAUAAGAAGCAAUAUUGAUUUUACUCUACAGGAAUAUUCUGCAGAAAAAUUCAUGAAAGUCUUGACUUUGAAUCAUAAAUUAAUUGGGCUAUGGAACAUUGACGCUUCUUUCCACUGUUAUAGUUUGCUGGAAUCCAUGUUUAGGUUAAUUAUUUUACUUUUAGUAAUACCUGUUGUAAAUACUCUAGGUCUCUGAGAAAAUAGUUCAUUACCUGUAUCUCAGUUUUUGAUUUUUACACUUUUUGCAUUGUCGGCUACUUUUUAAGCUGCUGCUUUUAUAAGCUGCUGUUGCAGUCAUGUCAAAGCUGAAUUGAAAUUUGUCAUUAUUUAAUUUUUAAAUCAAGAAAAAUUAAAAUAAAACAGGUAAAACAAAACA